AUGCGCGCCGCCGCGACGGAGGCGGGCGCGAGCACGAGAAGAAGCUUCCUGGAGGUGGACGUCCAGGGAGAAGAGGGACACCGCCUCCUGCAGAUGGAGCCCGGCGUGCGGUUCAAGAACGUUCUGAGGGCGCUUCGCCGGGACGGGGUCCUUCUUUGGGACGGGGCGCCGCUGCCCCCGUCGGCGACGCCGCUGUCGGUCGGGAUGCCGUGCGGGUUGGCAAACGCCGUUCAUCUGACUCUGCUCCCGCGCGGCCCCGCCGCGACGGCCGGGGAGGAGGCGCCGCAAACACGCGUUUUCGGCGAGAACCGGGCCGCGGCCGGGGGCGUCGGCGGGCGGCGGGCGCGGGCGCCGUCGGCGGGCGGGGAAGGCGCGGGCGCUCUGGAGGCGGGGCUGCGGCAGCUACGCCUCGAGCUCGCGGCAGAGCGCGAACGGAGGGAGGCGCUUGAAGAGGAGCUCCGGCGACUCGGCCGGGAGGGCCGGCAGCGCCGUCGCCGCAGCGCCGCGGAGGAAAUUCACCAGCGGCAGAUGGAGGAGCUGCGCUGGCAACGGGGCGCGGCCCGGCGCGCCCGGCAGCCAAGAGCAGCGUCGCCGGAGUGA